AAUACGGCGUCUGUGAAAACUUGCGGAAGCUGGAGAUCACAGGAGUGUCCUGCCGAGACGUUUAUGCCAAACGUAUAAACCCGCGAGUGAAGUCGGGGCGUUUUAUGAAAAUCCUUCCCGACUACGAGCACAUGGAAUACAGAGAUGUUUACACCUGCCUGCUGCACCGGUACCGACACAUCCUGGGGUUGUGGCAGCCGGACAUCGGGCCCUACGGGGGACUGCUGAACGUGGUGGUGGACGGUUUGUUCAUCAUCGGCUGGAUGUACUUGCCACCUCACGACCCGCACGUGGAUGAUCCGAUGAGAUUCAAACCUCUCUUCAGGAUUCAUCUCAUGGAGAGGAAAAGCGCAACCGUCGAGUGUAUGUAUGGCCAUAAGGGACCUCAUAACGGUCACAUCCAGAUUGUAAAGAAGGAUGAGUUCUCCACCAAGUGCAACCAGACGGAUCAUCAUCGGAUGUCAGGGGGAAGGCAAGAGGAAUUCCGGACGUGGCUAAGGGAAGAGUGGGGUCGGACGCUGGAAGACAUCUUCCAUGAACACAUGCAAGAACUCAUCUUGAUGAAGUUCAUCUACACCAGCCAGUAUGACAACUGCUUGACAUACCGACGCAUCUACCUCCCUCCUAGCAGCCCCGAUGACCUUAUAAAGCCAGGUCUCUUCAAAGGAACUUAUGGGAGCCAUGGGCUGGAGAUUGUCAUGUUGAGCUUCCAUGGAAAGAAAGCAAAGGGGACUAAAAUCACC